ACUCUGUGAGUCUAGGAAUUUGGUCAAAAGGACAAGGGCUAAAGGUCUGGACAUGUAUCAUGAUCAGUCUAGAAGGAUGGCACUGUCAGAGGGGGUGCUGGCCUAAACCCCAGACUGGGGAUUUCACUUGUGAUAGCUAGCUCUGGGUUGUUUGGGUCGAUUCAGACCGGAGAUACUGUACUCAGUGGACCCACCUGAAAGACAGCAAAGAGAACCUGACAAUUCCUCCUUCAGCCGGUAGUUCGCUGAUAAGCACAAGAGAUUUCAUUCUGCUGAUACAGUCCUAUGAGAAGCUACCUAAGCCUGAGAUCCACCAGCCUUGAACCUCUGCGUUUCUAAAGCACACCACUACUAGAGUUAAUUGAGAGUGGUUCAAACAGGUUUCAGGGACUGGAAGAAGAAUGCUCCGAGGCCGAUCCCUGUCUGUGACAUCCCUCAGCGGGCUUCCCCAGUGGGAAGUUGAAGAACUUCCCGUGGAGGAUUUACUGCUCUUUGAAGCCGCUUGGGAAGUGACCAAUAAAGUUGGUGGCAUCUAUACUGUGAUUCAGACAAAGGCCAGAAUAACAGCAGAUGAAUGGGGAGACAAUUAUUUUCUGAUUGGCCCCUAUUUUGAGCAAAAUAUGAAGACUCAGGUGGAACAGUGUGAACCUGCAAAUGAGGCUGUUAGAAGAGCAAUGGACACAAUGAACAAACAUGGCUGCCAGGUACAUUUUGGAAGAUGGCUGAUAGAAGGGAGUCCUUACGUGGUGCUCUUUGACAUAGGGUAUUCGGCUUGGAAUUUGGACAGGUGGAAGGGUGACCUCUGGGAGGCAUGCAGUGUUGGCAUCCCUCAUCACGACCGAGAAGCCAACGAUAUGUUGAUAUUUGGAUCUUUAACUGCCUGGUUCUUAAAAGAGGUGACAGACCAUGCAGAAGGUAAACAUGUCAUUGCCCAGUUCCACGAAUGGCAGGCUGGAACUGGACUGAUCCUUUCUCGGGCGCGAAAACUUCCUAUUGCUACAAUUUUUACCACUCAUGCCACACUGCUUGGGAGGUAUCUCUGCGCAGCAAACACUGAUUUUUACAACCAUCUUGAUAAGUUUAACAUAGACAAAGAGGCCGGGGAAAGGCAGAUCUACCAUCGGUACUGCAUGGAGCGGGCCGCGGUCCAUUGUGCACACGUGUUCACCACAGUUUCUGAAAUAACAGCAAUAGAGGCAGAACAUAUGCUGAAGAGAAAGCCUGAUGUGAUUACUCCAAAUGGCUUGAAUGUUAAGAAAUUUUCAGCAGUACAUGAGUUUCAAAAUCUACAUGCAAUGUACAAGGCUCGGAUACAAGAUUUUGUUCGAGGUCAUUUUUAUGGUCAUCUGGACUUUGAUCUUGAAAAGACAUUGUUCCUUUUCAUUGCUGGGAGGUAUGAGUUUUCAAACAAAGGAGCUGACAUCUUCCUAGAGUCCUUAUCCCGGCUAAAUUUCCUGCUGAGGAUGCAUAAAAGUGACGUCACAGUGGUGGUGUUUUUCAUUAUGCCUGCCAAGACAAAUAAUUUCAAUGUGGAAACCCUGAAAGGCCAGGCAGUGCGAAAACAGCUGUGGGACACGGCACAUUCUGUGAAGGAAAAGUUUGGAAAGAAACUCUAUGAUGCUUUAUUAAGGGGAGAAAUUCCUGAUAUGAACAAUAUUUUGGAUCGAGAUGAUCUAACAAUUAUGAAAAGAGCCAUCUUUUCAACUCAGCGACAGUCUUUGCCUCCAGUGACCACUCACAAUAUGAUUGAUGACUCCACGGAUCCCAUCCUCAGCACCAUUAGACGGAUUGGACUUUUCAACAACCGCACAGACAGAGUCAAGGUGAUUUUGCACCCAGAGUUCCUAUCCUCCACCAGCCCCUUGUUACCCAUGGAUUAUGAGGAGUUCGUCCGAGGUUGUCAUCUUGGAGUAUUUCCAUCAUACUAUGAACCGUGGGGUUAUACUCCAGCCGAGUGCACUGUGAUGGGUAUCCCCAGUGUGACGACCAACCUCUCCGGCUUUGGCUGUUUUGUGCAGGAGCACGUGGCUGAUCCUACUGCGUAUGGUAUUUACAUUGUUGACAGGCGGUUCCGCUCUCCAGAUGAUUCUUGCAAUCAGCUGACUCAGUUUCUCUAUGGAUUUUGCAAACAGUCACGCCGCCAAAGAAUUAUCCAGAGGAACCGAACUGAGAGGCUCUCAGAUCUUCUGGACUGGAGAUACUUAGGCAGAUAUUAUCAGCACGCCAGGCACCUGACAUUAAGCAGAGCCUUUUCAGAUAAAUUCCAAAUGGAACCCACAUCACCACCAACGACAGAAGGAUUUAAAUAUCCCAGGCCUUCCUCAGUACCACCUUCUCCUUCGGGGUCUCAGGUCUCCAGUCCACAGAGCAGUGAUGUGGAAGAUGAAGAUGAAGAUGAGAGAUAUGAUGAGGAAGAGGAGGCGGAAAGGGAUCGGUUAAAUAUUAAGUCACCAUUUUCUCUGGGUCAUGUUCCUUAUGGGAAGAAAAAGCUACAUGGUGAAUAUAGGAACUGAAUUCCACACUUGUUGAACAGAGCUAAUUUAGGGAGAGCGUAGGAAGAAUGAUUAUUUAAAGAAAAGAAAAUGCCACAAAUUUCAUUUUCUUUUAAGUAUCACAAUUGGAUUUAUUCUCUCCCUCAGAAGUAGAAAUUAAGUCAGUAGCAAUUUUAUAAGUUAAAAUCCAAGUUAUUUUCUUCAAUUUCUUUCUCUCCAGUAAAUUUAGGGAUGAGGAAGAGUGUUGAUUAAAGGAGGAAGACUGAAAGUGUUUUUAAAAUGGUUAAUUUAAGCAAUAACAAUUUUUGUUUACUAGUGUUUUUCAAAUUAUCAUUACCAUAAUCCUUUGUUUAGUAUUUAUACAGCUUCAAUAUCUCUCAAAAAAGUCUCCCAUUCCCCCCCGCAAAAGAUCCUGUUCUUUAGCCAUGAAUGUACACUACCUACCUAUUUUAAAUAACUCAGUGUUCAAUGAUUAUUUUCAUUUUUCACAUGAGUCAGAAACAUGACUUCAUAUCUAGCUUUGCAGGCAAUCAAAAUACAUAAUAAAACAGCUAUUGUAAAUCCAGAUCUUGAUGCAUAUUCGUGCAUAUUUACAAGGUCACUUCUCAAAUUUAUUUGUACUGUGGCAUCUAACCAUAACAUAUUUUUAUUGUUUAAAAGGAAAGCCUAUUUGAAAACUUGGCCACAGAAGAUACAUUAUUAAAUCCAAAUUAAUAAAUAUAUCAAUAUUUAAAGAUUUAACUUUCAUUGAUAAUGUCUUGUUUAAAAUUCUUUUAGAUAUUUAAGAUAACAUGUAAAGCACCUGAUACAUAAUUGUGCCUUCUAAAGGACAAAAUUUUAAAAAUAUAUUUGAAAAAACAGCAAAAAGAAAAUUUAGAGUCUAUUCUAUAAUAAGGACAGUGUCUCUAACACAUUCAUGAUAUGCUCGGAGUCAAUGUUGAAUGGCUGCAAUUAAGCAUCUUUAUGUUUUAAGUGUAUUAAGCCUAAAUUGGAAAAAACAAAGCAAGACAAAUUCACACUCACUCUUGGAUUGUUUUUUUCACAACUGAAAAUUAUUAUUGAGUAUUAUUUAGAUCACAGUGAACACCUUAGUUGGCGUAUCAGCUGGUGUAGGUCAACAGAGGCUGUAAAAUGUUCUGGUCUUCUCAGUGCUGUGCUGUUGAUGGCAACAAAGACAGGCAACAAUGAUGGUGUGUCAGAUAGUUCAAGACCAGCUAACAACUGUAAUCCAGGUCUCCUGUUGCCCCACUGUUAGGGAAAAGUAGAAGGGUGGGUACAAACAACAAAUCAGGCCAAAAUAGAAAAUGGUUGCAAGCUCACCUCCUGGAGAAAUUCAGGAAGAAGGGAAAUAAAUUACCUAAAGUCCAAGCCUUGAAUCGUGCCCCAUGGAUGUGAAUUAACCCAGUGUCUGCAGAGCAGUUUAGAAAGGUCUGCACCGAAGAUCAGAAAAAAUAUGAGAUGGAUUUGUACUGCCAUACGAACACUCUUUUGCUGAGUACCAGGAAGAUCUCAUGACAAAAAGGAGUUUCACUAUUACAAUAACCAUAAAAAUGUAUCCCUGGUCGAGUGGAACACUGUAUGUCUUCCAAUACUCUUAAUUGGUAAUUGGUUGGGCCACUUACUGAAAACAUGAGCUAUGUAAUAAAAUACCUUCUUAAUAUAAAGCUUUAAAAUUCAAAUGUUUUACCACAUGAAAGACUAGCCCUCUGCUUAGAAAUGAGUACACAUGCUAGUACACAUGCAAACUGACAAUUUGCAACCACUUGCUUCUGAGCAGGUGGCAUGUGCAGGAGUCAGCGUUUCUACCCUGCAGUGGCUCCUCCAUUCAGGCAGCUGCCGCCCCUUGACUCCAUCUUCUUGCCCAAGUCGUUUAUUGCCCUUUCCCCCAAACUGACAAAGCCGGGUGAGUGCCAACAAAAAGGACUGUUAGGUGAUUCUGUAUCUGUAAGACACAGUAAGGGCCUAAACGAAUGGUCUUACUGGGAGAAACUGAGGUACAAAAAAUGCUUUUAAAGAAUGUAUGUAUUCAUAAGGGAGAGGACAGGAACUAUAAAAAAAAUAGUUUGUGUGUUCUUGGCCAGCUGAGAGCAAGACUUUUUUUUUAACACAUUGUACCACACUUCCCCCAUGGUAAGAGUUAGGGUUAAGAGAGCUGGUUUUACACAUAUAAGUGAGAAUAUAAAAUGCUACAAGUGCAGUGCUAAUAGUUUUUCAGGGCACAAGGAGGACUAAGAAAAGGAACUGUUCAAGUGUACACUGGGGAGGGUCAAAGAGACUUCUUAGGAUGAGCCUAACUUUCACUUCACAUGGUGGUUUUCAGGAUCAAAUCAAAUUAGAAAUGAUCUCUUCCUGAAGGAUUAUAGUCCAGAAAAAGGAGACCAGCAGGUUACAUUCUCAAGUCCCCUUUCUCUUGAAGCUGAAGUAAAAUAAUGUAAUUCAAUGUUGAUAGGGUAUAGGCUCUUAGUUCUCAUAACCAGGUAAAGAAAGAAAUGUGAAUUGAAGGCUGCUUUUAAUGUAAGGGCCUCUUUGCCUUCUCUUCUCUCAUGAUCAGAGUGGUGGUGUGGAAGGAGAGGAGGUGUCUUCUGGGGAAGUCAGAGAAACAAAGCCUAAUUGAGGGCCCACACUGGAGACCAUUUAUAUAUAUGUGUGUGUGUGUGUGUGU